AUGUUUGGAGUCAACUUUGCAGGUGAAGCGUUGCCACCACUAUUGAUAUUUCCGACAAGCGCAAAGGAUCCAUCGAACUACAAGCUGAAGGCAGAUUUUGCUGCGUCGUUGCCUCAAAUGAAAGCCAUCUUUGGGUUUAACGAAGAGCGAUAUCACAACGUUCCCUUUGCAAUGAACCCAAAAGGAGGUAUGACAAAGGACAUGCUGUUCCAGUUCUUCACCCGUUGCAUUAUCCCACUCUACCCAAAGAGUGCCGACAACAAACAAAACCGAGUGCUUGUAAAGAUCGACUCGGGCCCAGGCCGUAGGGAUCCAGAGACGCUAUUGAAGCUCCGAUCAAAUGGCUUUCACCUUUAUCCAGGCAUGCCGAAUGGUACAUCAACAGGGCAAGAACUUGAUCAAAUGUUCGGCUACUUGAAGAAACUCAUCUAUGAGAAUCGCUCUCGCCUUUGGGCUGCAAGAUUUCGGCUCGAAGGGGAAGCAGCAGCCCUUUCGAUGGCGGAUGUGGGCAGUAUUGUUUUUGGUGGUGUCGUGACCUUGACAGAUGGCUCUACGAUUGAGCUGGUCGAUGCCUUUGCCCAGUCGAUGGAUGCGGCACAUGUCCACAAAGCAAUGGACAAAUGUGGCUACUGCCCCAGCACUCGAGUUACUCUGAAGUCGUCUCAAAUUCGACAUGAGAUUGUGGAAACGGAGGAUGGUGAUAUUGACGAAGAAGCGGACCCAUAUGGUGCCCUUCUUGAUGAGCUUGAACGAAAGAACCGAGAGGCUUGCGAAGCUCUCUCGCUCGAUGGAUAUGAGCUUGCCGAUAAUCUACGUCGCACCGUUGGCAGAGUGACAAUGAAUCAAGUUCGAGGAAGAGCUUCAACAGUGACAGAACCAAACACAAGAGAGAGGCAAGAUGCUAUAAUGAAGGUGGCAACUGCUAGUGGAUGGUUCCACGUAACAAAUGGUGGAGCGCCAAUGACGUGUGAUGAUGCGUUGAUUGCAUUCGCUCGAAAGAACCAAGAGAAGCUUGCAAAAGAACUAGAAAAACGGAAAGAACAAUUCGAUGCACACCAAGAGCUGACAGUUGCUGCUGCGAACGUGAUGUCAAGCAAGACGGAUUGCAAGUCAUGGCUGAAAGAUCUGCCGCCACCAACAGUCGAUGAGUGGACAGAAGAAGACGACGAGAGGCUCGAGUCAUUGUACGCAGGAGAGAUUGUGGAUUUUGAUAAGGAUGUUGGGCUCCAGCGUUGCUUUGAUACGGAAGAUGAGGGUGUGGCUUUGAAGCUCCUCUCCUUCAACAAACAGCGACGAAAGAAGGUGUUGCUCUGUGCUAUUCAAGGACUUGACGCAGCUGAGUGGCAGGAGAUUAACGAUGAGCUGCCUUAA